CUCCAUUCUCCCUUCUCUCUUCCCCUCUACGCCAGGGCAAUAUUCAUCUGCAUUGUCUUGCGUUCAAAUGAUGUUGCGUUCAGUUUCUCGUCGACUUCCUCGACGGAUCUAUCCUCUCACUUCGACUGCCGGCAGUCCAUCUCGUGUCGCCCUGCGUUCGUUCACAUGCGGUUAUCCGCGGAUGUCGGCAUUCACGUUGCCUCCGGUCGAACCCCCCGUGUCGUCCGCUCUGCCAGGCGAUUCCUACCAACUUUUGUCGACGGCUGAGAAGUCUGGCGCCGCCGAAGACGCCUUAUACGAGCAACAGAUUAAAGAUGUUGAAGCAUGGUGGAACUCACCCCGGUUCGAGGGUAUCAAGCGCCCCUACUCAGCCGCAGAUGUGGUCAGCAAACGGGGCUCUUUGCAACAGACCUACCCGAGCUCGUUGAUGGCAAGGAAGCUAUUCAACUUGCUGAACGAGAGAGCAGCUGAGGGAAAGCCGGUUCAUACCAUGGGCGCCAUUGACCCCGUCCAGAUGACCCAGCAGGCAGCUAACCAGGAGGUCUUGUAUAUCUCCGGCUGGGCAUGCUCCUCUCUGUUGACCACUACGAACGAAGUCUCUCCCGAUUUUGGCGACUAUCCCUACAACACCGUUCCGAACCAAGUCCAACGAAUGUUCAAAGCACAGCAGUUGCACGACCGGAAACAAUGGGAUGCUAGACGGAAGUUGACUCCUGAGCAGCGCAAGGCCACACCAUAUGUUGACUACUUGCGUCCGAUUGUUGCGGACGGAGAUACUGGACAUGGAGGGCUGUCCGCCGUGCUGAAGCUAGCUAAGCUAUUUGCCGAGAAUGGCGCUGCUGCUGUUCACUUUGAAGACCAGCUUCAUGGUGGAAAGAAAUGCGGCCAUCUCGCGGGCAAAGUCCUUGUUCCCAUGGGAGACCACAUCAACAGGCUUGUUGCAGCACGUUUCCAAUGGGAUUUGAUGGGGACGGAGAACUUGGUCAUCGCUCGUACGGACUCGGAGAGUGGACGUCUGAUUAGCAGUGCCGUUGAUGUGCGCGAUCACGAGUUCAUUCUCGGUGUUGCCGAGGAUGUGGAGCCUCUCGCAGAGACCUUGCAGGCCAUGGAACGGGAGGGGGCGGCUCCUUCGGAAAUCGAUGCAUACGAGAUGGAAUGGGUCAAGAGACAUAAGCUUGUCACUUUCGACGAGGCUGUCGACGCGCAUCUUGAAGCGGAGGGCGCGUCUCAGUCCGCCCGGGAUGCCUACAAACAACGUGUCAAAGAGAAUCCCGACCUAUCUUUCUCUCGUAGAAGAGCACUGGCCGAGGAUUACUCUCAGACACCGGUGGUUUGGUCCUGUGACACCCCCCGUACCCGGGAAGGGUUCUAUCAUUACCGUGCCGGCUUUGCGGCGGCCACUAAGCGAGCAAAGGAAUUUGCACCCUAUGCGGACCUCCUCUGGGUCGAGACGGGCGAUCCGGAUGUUGCUAAGGCUGCGACGCUGGCGGGUGAGGUGCGCAGUGCGCAUCCUGGCAAGAAGUUGGUUUACAACCUGAGUCCGUCUUUCAAUUGGAUGGGCCAGGGUUUCGAUGAAGCUUCUCUCAAGUCUUUCAUCUGGGACUUGGCACAGCACGGAUUUGUUCUCCAAUUGAUCUCCCUCGCUGGUUUGCACACCAACGCAACCAUCACGACGGAACUCUCGCGCGCUUUCAAGGACGAAGGUAUGCUGGCCUACGUCCGGAUGGUCCAGGCGCGGGAAAAGGAACUGGGCGUGGAGGUUCUCACCCAUCAGAAAUGGAGUGGCGCGCCCUACAUGGAUGGCAUUCUUGGGGCCAUCCAAAGCGGUAGCAGCAGUAGCAAGAGUAUGGGUGAGGGGAACACCGAGAAGGGGUUCUAAGCCGCGGAGUAUAAUUCCGAUGUAAAUAACCGACUUCGAUACUGGUAUUGAAUGUAGCGACGUAGACUGUUGUUCUAUACUGAAAUGUUAUUUACACUAGCAUAUUCAAGCGCACGCGCAAGGAUCGCCU